CCAGCAAAUCCGGGCUCUGGGGCAGCCGAAUAACAAACUAUAACAUCGGAAUAUUACAACACCUAACUCACUAAUCAGUCGGUAUCAGUGCUGCCGUGAAGCCUUAACUAUCUCUCUUUCCCUCCCAGACCAAAGAAAAAAAGAGAAAGCCAAGACAGUCACCCCGUCCGACAUCAUCAACAAACAAAAAGCCCACAAAGAGACGAACCAGCCAGCCAACCAGCCAAGCAGCCAGCCAGCCACCAUCUUAACAGGCUGCUGAAAGAGACACACACUGAGAGAACAGAGGCUAAUGCUUAUUUUGAUCAACAGGUUGUUAAGGUGAUGGUGGAUUCUGACAGGCGUGACUGAGGACCUUAACAAGAGCCAAAAAAAAAAAAAAAAAAAAAGGCCGGACAGCAAGAGGGCCAGCCUGCAGAGUACCUCUUACACGGAGCUACAGAGAGCCUGAUCACAGGAGCGACAGCCCUGCUGAUGCUACGAGGAGUUUAAGGAGCUUUUUCCCUGGUGUUCAUGGCUCUGUGUGGAGUUACGCAGACCUGAUGAUGAAAAUGGAAGGAUGUUAGUGUGACACCUGUUUUUGCUUCCCAUUACCAUGUGGAGUACAGAAGGCCAGUAGACAAACGUUUGGAGAGAGCGCCACGACGCCGGGUCAACUAGAGCCGCUUCAAUAGAGCUGAUGCCAAGGCCGGGAGUCUGUCAUGAUGUUUAUAUAACCUGAUGAACAGCAGAGAGAUGGUGAGGAAGAAGAAUCCCCCUAUCCGCAGUGUCGGAGGUGAGGAGGAGGAGGAAGAAGAGGGGAGAAGGCCAACAGGAGGAGAAGAGGAAGACGAAGGAGAGGAGGAGGGAAGAGUUGGUGCAGAAGCUGAACGAAUAAACCGCCCCUCUGAACCGGAAUCCUCUGACCGGAUCAGAGGAGACGAGGAGCAGGAAGAGGAGGAAAGUGAGUGUGUGUCCUCAUCUGUCUCCCCCUCCUCUGUUAGUGAUCGCUACGGCAACGAGGACAGAGCGGGGAGGAGAGGAGGGGGGAGAAGAGGUAAAGAAGGCGGAGCGGCGUUGACAGACAGACCUGAGAGCCAGUCGGAGGCCGAGGAUGGGGAGAGAGGAGUAGAAGAGGGAGAGAGGAGAGAGAAGGACAGAGGGGAGGCAGAUAACAUCCCUGCUCCUCUCCUCUCUGCUCCCCACCUCCUUCUCCUCCGCAGACAGGAAGGAGGGGAGGAGUCCACGACGGACACCCCUCCCCUUUCCUGCAGCCCCUCUCCUAAACUUCAGGACUUCAAGUGCAACGUGUGCGGUUACGGUUACUACGGCAACGACCCAGCCGACCUGGUGAAGCACUUUAGGAAGUAUCACCUGGGUCUGCACAAUCGCACACGGCAGGACGCUGCCCUCGACACGCACAUACUGGCCCUGCACAACAUGGCCCCCCAACACACACCUCUGGAUGCACAGACGGGACAGGGGCAGAGGAACCAAGCCAAAGAGUCAGGGAAGACAAGAUCAGACUUCCACAAUCAGCAACACAGGACAGUGAUGAUGAACGGCACAUAUGACGUACAGGUGACGUUGGGUGGCACGCUGAUUGGGAUUGGCCGGAAGACCUCUGAUUGCCAGGGGAAUACAAAGUACUUUCGCUGCAAAUUCUGCAACUUCACUUACAUGGGCAGUAACUCCUUAGAACUUGAACAACACUUUCUGUCCUCGCAUCCAAAUAAAGUCAAAACUCCACCAACCACGCCCCUUUUGGCCAACAGUAACCUUUCAACACACGACAACCAGGCCAAGGAAAGGAGUCAAAUCCUAGACGGGGCAGAGCGAGUCGCAGUGAGAGCAGAAGAUGACUCAUUGGUCGGAUACUCCAUCCCAGUCAGGGCAUCUUCGGAUCCAUUAGGCUGGACGGGGGAGUCAGGUCGAGGCGCCGUGCACGCCUACUAUUGGUGUAAAUUCUGCAGCUGGAGUUGUGAGUGGUCAGGGGGCUCUGUGAAGCUUUUAGAGCACUAUGAACAAAGACACAGAAUGAACACAGGAGGUACGAUGAGCCCCAACAACGCUAAUCCAGACAGAGAGCGGGAGCGAGGAGGGAGGAGAGAGGGAGGAGAAAGAGACCAAGUGGCUUCAAAAAGUCGCAAAGAACUGUCAUCCACCCCAUCUGGCAUGAGCAAAGGAGACCCGAACAGCAGUGAUCCAGAGGCAGUCGUGACCAGUUAUAACUGCCAACUGUGUGACUUCAGAUACUCCAUGGCCCACGGUGCAGAUGUGAUCGUAGUAGCUCCGUUACUCCUUCACUACCAGCACAACCACUCCAUCCACCGCUGCUGCAUCCAGCACUGCAUGUACUGUCCACAGGGGCUUUGCCAGCCCCACAAACACCUGGGGGAGGUUUCUCAUCCCUUUGCUUGCCGGAAGCCCACCUGCUCUAAAUGCUCUUCCAAGUUCCCUCAGUCCACCAAACAGCAGGAAACCAUCGCUUCAAAACCCGCCGCCACCACCUCACCCAGCAUGACCCCUCCUAAUCCUAGAGGUGACCCCGCUGUGAUUGUGGGAUCAACUUUUCACCCCUCUAACCCCUCCCAUCCUGUCGUCACACAAGGCGUCACCCACUUGUGCGACCAGUGCGCAUUUGCCACCACUGACAUUGACGUGUUGCUCCAACACUACGAAAGCUGCCACACCCUGAUUAACCUAAAGGGGGCACCGCCACAUGUCAAGGCUGAGGAGGAGGCUGGUGGGGAGAAAGAUGGAGGGAGGGAGAGAGGAGAGGGAGAGAGAGAGUACUCAUGUACAAAAUGUCACUUCAUCACAGAGGUGGAAGAAGAGAUUUUUAGACACUACAGGCGUGUCCAUGCGUGUUGCCGUUGCAGGCGCUGCGACUUCACUGCCCCUGAUUCGACGGCUCUCCUGGACCAUUUCAACUCUGCCCACUGCCAUGAGACCUCCCCUUCAUUAAACUCAUUGACAACAACGUCCUUACCCACCUCUCUGACACCUUCAUUAACACUCUCAGCCAAUGGCUGCUCAGCUCCCUCUACUUUGGCAAUUAAAGAGGAAAGCAAGGGUGAUCUGCGCCUCCUUUACUCCCUGGCGCCCCCUGAGGGUCGGCUGGCAGAGGGGGGCAGAGAGGAAACAGGAGGGGUGGUGAAAAGUGAAGGAGGUGAGGAGAAAGAAAGGGAACGAGAGAAAGGCUGGGUGCUUGGGGAGACCAGAGGACUUGGAGAAAGAGGAGGCGAUCAGGCCCACGGGUUACUUUGGGUGCCAAAGGAGCGAAUGGGACCUGAGAGAGGAGCAGGAAGUGGGAGCCCCUCUCUUUUCCCCUCCCCACUCUCGUUUGUUUCAGCCAGUCAGGAGUCCACGCAGCAUAAGAGAGGUGUAGCCUCACCCAGCAUGGUUUACCUGGGAGACACCAAGUCAUUUUUGGGAGAUACCAAGCAAUUUCUGGGGGAUGCCAAGCUGUAUGGAGGAGGAAGGCCAGGAGGAGUCACAGCAGGUGGAGGAGAGAAGCAGAUCCAGAUGUCCCAGCAGCAGUACACAGGAGGAGGAGCGAGUGGGGGUGGAGGUGGACAGGAGGCAAAAGCAGCUAAAGAAGAGUCCCAGUCUCUGCUACGGAGGCGUAGGGGGAGCGGAGUCUUCUGUGCAAACUGUCUGACCACCAAGACAUCGCUGUGGAGGAAGAACGCUAAUGGAGGCUAUGUCUGCAACGCAUGUGGCCUAUACCAAAAGCUGCAUUCGACACCCAGACCUUUAAACAUCAUAAAGCAGAACAAUGGCGAACAAAUCAUCCGCAGACGAACCAGAAAACGUCUCAACCCUGAUUCGCUGUCAUCUGAAACCCCCGCCUCCAAGCAACAACGCAUCACCAGUGAGGAGCGAAUGAACGGGGAAGAGUCAGACAGAAGUUGUGCUUCAGUCAAAAACCAGCAGCCCUCGCCUCGCUCACGAUCACCCAGGUCUACUCAAGCUUUCCUCGCCAAUCAAACUUUAGAGAUCCACAGACGAAUGCCUCCUCUGCUUCUCCCUUCACAUCCUCCAUCCUCAUUGGUAGCCGAGGGCAAUGGUGGCCUCACAGAGGGAGGGAUAGCAUCGAAGGUAGAGGGAGGUAAAGGAGGGGGAUCUGAAAGAGGAAGUCCAAUUGAGAAGUACAUGCGUCCAUCAAAGCCGUCAAGUUAUUCCCCUCCUGGUUCACCCAUUGAGAAGUAUCAGUAUCCAUUUUUUUCCUUACCAUUACCUUUAACCCUCUCACCUGAUUUGACCCCUGAAUCUGAUUGGCUCAGAUUCUGGAGCAAGUACAAGAUGGCCACUGCAUCUGGGGUUCCUGGUAGCAUCAGUAAUCUAAGCAGCCCCGGUAGCCUGGGAAAUAACGCCCAUUAUCUCGGUGCAAUGGUGACUCCUGUACAGCAUCAUCAGCAAAGCUACACGGUGCCUUACAGCGCCUCUCCUUACUCUCCUCUGCCUCCUCCCCCAGCUGCUCCUCACUAUCCUCCUCCUCCUCUUCACUCGCAAACCUCUUCAGCAGCCUCUUUAGAAAGUGAAGCUCCGCUUGAUCUUGCAAUAAGACAAAGAGAUCCAAGUGCUGCCAACGCGCAUAUGUCAACAAACGGUUCUGAGAGGAGAAGGCAAGAGUCACCGCUUGCUGAGAGGUUGAUGGAGAACUGGAAAGGAGUGAAAGAGGAGGAGGAGAGGACGGAUGGAGGAGGGAACCAGAGGGAGGAGACAGGAAAGGAAGAAAAGGUUCAUUUGGUAAAAAGUCGAUCAAGUGUCCCAACCAAUCGCACAACGGUCGAAGUGUCCACGCAGGAUGACCUGACCAACCGAUGCAUCCACUGUGGGAUCUACUUCCUAGAUGAGGUCAUGUACGCCUUGCACAUGAGCUGCCAUGGCGACCAGGGACCAUACCAAUGCAGUUUUUGCCUCCAUGUGUGCACAGAUCGCUAUGACUUCACCACACACAUACAGAGGGGCUUGCACAGGUACGCAGAUAAAAUGACACAAAACAGAGGACUAGUGCAGGAGGGCGUCAUUCAGAAUGCUGCAGUGAUGUCAGAGCGAGGGAGUUAUGAUGUGACACAGGAGGGAAAAAAUGAAGGCGAUCAAAGGGAGAUCAUGCAUGAAAGCAGCGAUGUAGUAAAAGAUUGUCAUGACAAAGCAAAAGAAGCUCCUAGAGAUGAAACAGGAGUUGAAAAGGAGGUAAAAGAUGACAGUCCGGAUGUCACAAACCAGGAACUUGGAGUGAAAGUUGUAUCAGGUAGCAGUGAUGACAUCACACAAACCCCAGAAAUGACUGACGCUGAUUCUAAAGACUUAGCUAAGAAUACAGAGAGUAAUUAAUCUGAUGCCUUUGACUCACACAACCCCUUAAGAACACAUUUAUACUUUGGAAAAAUAAGCUGUGUGCCUCCUUGUUGCAGGAGGCUAUCUCAUGUCUGAGUAGACCUAACCUGGGCUCUGAAUGGAGAGCACCCUUAUGCUGGAAGCACUCGGCUGUCAAAUGGUCAAAAAUCAUAGUAAGAUCCUGCUGAACUGCUGCAGGGACAGUAGUAUCCAACAAGGCAUGAAGCUGAAAUCACCUUUUAAUAAGCAGCCACUUCAUGUGCUCUCCAGAGAAGAGGAUUGGAAGCUCCACUGAACGUUGGACCGAUCCCGUUUCGGAUGAGUUUGAGGAGCUCGGCACUUGCACAGCAACUAGACAGCAGAGCAAAAAAAAAAAAAAAGAAAAAGAAUGCUGGAAGCAAACUAUUUUAUUUGAACUGGACUGAGCUGGUCCUUUACAUGCUAAGCUUUAGUGAACCCCAAACUCAUCUGAUGUGUUGUCUUCUCUUGGUACAACCAGAUCUGAUCUGGUUCCUCCUGGUCCAGAGCAUGACCGUAACUAUUGCACCACUGUGCAAAUGGAUUCAAAACCAAAAGUUCCUUCACCUCUCUCAGAGUGAAAUCAGAUUGUCUUUGCUGGUGGGGUCAUCUUGGUACAAAUGGAUCUGCUUUCACACGUGCCAUGUUGUUUUAAAACUGUUGAUGCAAAAUCACCACAGCUGCAAAAUGGCCCAAAGUGGGAGAUUUGUUGGGUUUGAUUUGACUUGAGACUUUCUGAACUGCUUACAGCCAGUUAAAACUGGUCUAAAUAACCGGAGUGAUUCCGGACCGAAGUGUUCUCUUCAUCCAUUUGGAUCGAACCAAGUGACUUCAUUUUUUACCUUCCUCUGUGCCAUGAUACUAGCUAUGUGCCUGGCUGCCUGCCUAAUUGAACAACCAUCUAUUAACCUGCUUAACAUUUAUAUUAAUAAAAUAAUAAUGGUAAUAAUAAUAAUGAUGUUGAUGUUAUAGUACAAACAUGCAAUUUGCUACACUUUCCUAUAUAAUAUGUUAUUUUGUAAAGGCAAAUAAUGCUUUUUUUGCAGGAAAUGGUACUAUAAAAAUUAGUCUAUUUGAGUUUGUUACAUUUUUAGCUAUUGUGUUUUUUUGUUGUUGAGAAUGUUGCAUCUUACACAAAAUGGUACAGCAAAAGAGGAAAGUUGUGUGUAUGUGUGCAAAUGUGUAAAUGUGUCUAUAUGUGUAAGGAACAAAGGAUGCGUCCGUCCCCAAACCAUGAUGUAAAAAUAAUGAAGGCUAGCACUCGGUUUUCCAGUCCUCAGGGGUCACAUGUGUUGCACACCAACCUGCCUGUUACAGCAUGUGACACACAGUUUUUACAUGUUAAAUGCUUUUAGCAUGUUAUGUAAGGUUCUCUUAUACAUGUUUCAUGUGUCAAAAGGUCAAAAUAGUCUUAGUAUAUUACAUUAUUUUUUCUGUUUGUCGUUGACAUGUUGAGUUACAUGGUUUAAUAGAGAGACUUAAGAAUUAAGGGAGAUAGACCCUUAUUUCCAUAAGGAUCAACCAUUUGUGUUAUCUGUUUGAGCUUUUUGCCUACAGUGUUUUAUCCAGUCUGUCUCAUAUGUUUGAGUUUAGUAGGUAACUUCUAUUUAUGUAGCAUGGUAGUGUUGUGUAAAAUCUUCAAAAGAAGUUGCCUUGUCAGCGAUUGGGAGCUGUUUCAUCUUAGUGCUAAGAAACUACUAAGAAAAACUCCAAGUUAUAAUUCAUAAUUCAGUGAAAUCAAAUGCUCCUUUCGCUUUUAAUUCAAACUAAAUGAUCCCUCUUUUUUACCAUUUAUUUCUCGUUUUAGUUCCUAAAAGAAAAGACCUUGUUAAACUCUGAGUGUCUCUUUAAACAAAACUUCACAGUUUCUCUCCUUUAUUUUCAUUAUUGAGAGAGUCGGGUCCUAAAGUCGCCCUGUUCUUCUGAGUGAAUCAACAAAGUGGCCAACUUGCUUAUUUUUGUAAAGAGAGAAUCACUGCUCCAGCCUUGAUGCCUUAGUUGCUAGAAAACAAACACAAAAAUCACCAAGGGACUCCUUUGAAGGAAACAAUAAUAGGCAGGAAGAAAAUAAAAGACGGGGAGGAAAAAGAGAGAUAUUUUUCUAUGCCAAAAGACAUGAAUGAAAACUAUUCCGCAGAGUGCCUGCUAACUUUUACAGUUUUGUUUUUUUUAAUAGGUAUGUUUAUCCGUGUCAAAAAGUUUGUAAGUUAUGAGUCAUGUCAGGCAAAGUUGGCAACAGAUUCCCAUGUACCGCAUCAUCAGAGUGAUCUGCUUGAUUCUUGAGAUUUGCCUUUUUUACCCUAGAAAUUAGGUGCUUAGUGCUUUUAGAAAAGGGCAUCAUGCUUUUAUUACUGUUCUUAUCAUUAUUUUUCUGUAAAUCUAUGACAGUUUUUGGGAGAUAUGCCUAAGCAACCAUGAUCUAAAACUUCAACAUCAGUAAGUUAUUCUGUGCUGUUUCAAUUAUUCAAAGUGAAAGUUGUUCUGUUUGGUUUUUGUUUGGUUUUGUUUUUAAAUAGCCUGCAUUCAUGAAGUGGGUAAAGGUAAAAAUCCUCAGUGUUACUAAUUUAGAAAACACUUUAUCAAGAAUACGUUUUUAACAUUUUCUGCUGGGUGAAAUGGAGAUUUCAGAUAAAGGCUAAAUUCAUUAUUUCUUAAGCAGGCAGUGAUGUGAGAUGUUUUCUUGUAGAAAAGACAGAAAGAGUCAGAGAAAUGCUGAACUUUUCAACUGAACAUUGUGCUGUCAUCAGCGUGGAGGAAAUCUGGUUCAUGCUGCCAGUAUUUUCCUUAAAGCAUAUUUGGCUUGACAAGAUUCUGUACCCAUGUUUAGGCCAAGUUUAACUUAUCUUGAUAUAUAUGAGCAUCUUUGGUACAUGUUUAAAAAUCAAACUUAUCGGUGCUUAGUUUGUUUUUUUAAAACCCUAAGAAACUUUUCCAUUUAUGAAUGAAAUACAAUUAAGAUUUGCUGUUGUCUAAAUGCAAAUAAGUCUGCCUUACUAUUUACACAUUUAUAGAACACAAACUUCUGUUGAACAAACUAUUUCUACACGUGGAGGGUGUUUUUUGCUGUGUGAGCACCUUUACCUGUAUGGCUUAUCUCUGUGUAUCACAGCUGUCAACAUAGGCUGGCUAUACUUUAGACAGUUCUCAAAUCUUAACCAUUUUUAGAUAUUGGAGACCACAGAUGUAAGGAAAAUUUUAACCAAUUUUAAACAUGUCAACAUUUGAAUGCAAACAUGAGACCAGAGGUUUCUGAAUGUUCUGCUGAAGUACACUGAUGUGCUUUAAGGCUAGUCUAGUUGUGCCAUGGGACUGUGUACAGCCAUAUGUCACUACUACACAACUAUACAACAAAAAAUACUGUAACGUGUUAAAGAGGCUACUUUAUAUAUGAAUAUGGUGUGCCUUUUAAUUUUGGCCGUUUUUAGUAACUUCACAGUGGAGAUUCAACAGACAUAAGAUCUCGCAGCCACUGCUCUGUUUUGCAGCGGAAAAAACAAACAAAGAGAAGAAAAAAAAAAGGGCUAAUGGGUUAGCAUACAGUAGGUCUGCUCUAGACUGAAAAGAUACCAGUUGGUGAUGCUGCCCAGUCAGCCAACUCUCGUAUUUUUGCUGGUAUUUGCCAUUUUUUUUAAAUAUUAAAAAUCUCGUAUUAAGUUUUGAAAAUAUACCGUCUCCUGUAGGACACACCUGAUAUAAAAAAAAAAAAGAUAUUAAACAGCUUUUCAAUCAGGAUCCGGCUUUUUGUGAUCACGUAAAAGAGCCGGCUCACUAGCAGCCAGGAGAAAGUUUUGAGCAAGAGAAAAGUUUCAGGUAGGCUCGCUCCAUAAACUUCUCCUUUUUCUGGUGUUUUUUCUGUGAUAGCCUUACUUACAUGCCUGGCAUGUAUAGUAAAGCAUUUUCAGUCAUCUUCAGUGGUUUCAUGCUUAUGCAGACAUUUCUUGAAACAAUGCCAUGUUUGUGGGGAAAAAAAUAUUUAAAUGAAAAGAAUGAGAUUGUUUUCAUAUCUGUGAACAGAAAUCUGUGGAUUAUCGUAUUGGCAUCACACACUUGAGAAUUAUUUCAACACAUAAUCAUGCACAACAAGCCUCAAAUCAAGUUACGCUUCUCCGAUGUUGGGAAUAUGCAAAUUGGAUUUACAACUGUCAAGUGUGUAGCCAGCCUUAAGCUUAUUUUCAUAGUUACAUGGCUAAAAAUACUGAAUUCUGAAGUUUGCCCUUCAUUUGCUGUUCCAUCCUACUGUAUAAAGACUUAUGAAGUCAUUUAAAAAGCAUCAUAUUCCUGAGUUAUCAUAGGGAAUCCUGCGCUAAUGUUUUUUUUUUUUUUUUUUAAAGAAUAAAUGUGCUGUAGCUAUGGGCAUCCUUUAAAGGGCUGCUUGCAUGAAUCAAACUGUUUACAUUAGCGAAUGUAGCAACAAAAAAAGGAAUGAAGCAGUGCUUUGUUGAAAAAGAACAAAAAGGAAGGACUGAAGGGGGACCUGCUGGUUUGGAUGGAUGGGUGCCUUUGAAGAAAAUCUGGGGAGAAGGUGGGAAAAUGGGAUCAAAUGACUUUUGUAGUGGCUGAUAAAAGAGGUUUAGUUUACGUUUUUGUUCAUCCCUUCACUUCUGUUUUGUUUGUCCCUAAACCUGCCUUCAGAAUCUCUCAGAUCUUUCUCAUCUGUAGUUUAAUUUGACAAAUAACUCUCUCUAUCAACCUCUCUUUUAUCUCUGCACCUGCAACUGUCUCCCUCUCCCAUCCACCUCCUCUGUACUUCACUCUCCUCCGUUCCCUCUCUGGAUUAUGGUAGUCUCAGUUGGUCGACGGUAUUUAAUGGGAGUUAAAUGUCAUACCUUGUUACACCCAACAAAAAAGGCUGAGGUUGAUUCAGUUACCCCUGACAGACAGGAACCUUUCAGCUAACUUUAAUUUCUUUGAAUUUCCUCCUACUUGAAUGAUCCUUGGGUGUGUUAAAAGAUAAAAACCUAAAGUAAAAGUCCAAAUGCUUGCUCGGAGCAAAAAGUGGAUUUUCUCAGAUUUAAGAUCAUUCGUUUACAAAACAGGACUUGCAUAUUAUACAUUCUACAUGAAUUUUCAUCUUUAAUAAGAUUUGAAGUCUUAUAGGAGCAAUUUUCAUGAGAUUUCUGGGAAAGAGGGCUUAGAUAUUAGCAAAAAGAAGAAUUUCUUAUGACUUCAAUUCUUCCUUAGUGAACUGAGGAUCCUCAGUGGUCUGUAAUCAAAUUGUACUUUUCAUAUUAUAAAUGUCCAAUAAUUCACCCAUCAGCCUGGUUAGGAUGCUGUAAAUGUUAAUCAUUAAUGAUAACUGUUGAUCUACAAGUUCUGGGAGAACAUUUCAGUUAUUGUUUCUGGUUUCAAAUGUGCAAAUCUGGUAGGAGAUGCAGUUCUGCAGGACACAACUGACCUUAUUUUACUUCAAUAAUGAGUGUAUGUUUUAGGUUUGAUGGCAUUUCACACCAGCGUUUACAUUUGGGGGGCCUUAACAAGUGUUUUCAUUUUUGUCUUUGUCAGAAUGUUUUAUAGAAAUUGAUGCUGUUGCUUGCACUCCAUUUAUUAUGUUCUUAUUGCCAAGGAAGGGACAACACAAACACACACACAAAGACACAGAGCAGCAGUGGUACGGAUUGAGUGUACAUUAUGGGAUGUAAAGUAUUAACCAUGGGAGAUAAGGGAGGCCAGUUUCUUAUUGGUCAGAAACACACACAUACAUGCAUACAUGCACAGACACAUGAACUAUGUACAUUUAACCAAUAUAUUUUAGUAGGUUUUUGUUUCUAUUAAGUUGAACAGCUUUUAUAGAAAAUUUUGAUUUUUUUUUUUUAGGUUAUUUCUUUCUCAUGUUGUAUUUUAUUCUGCUACCUUCUGUACGUUAUUGUUUUUCAGGUUUUGUGUCAUGCAAAAAUAUUUCAACAACAUAUUUUGACAGCCAAGAAAAAGUUUGUUACACAGCUAAACUUGAAGAAUAAUGUUGAUGAUGAUGACGAUGAUAAUAAUUAAUAAAAGUAAUAACAU